CAAGGACACAAGGCGACGGCCACCGGAAGUUUGAGACGUUCAACAACGGCAGUUGAAAAGGAGAGCACCCUAGAAACACUCUGCCAUGGAAAAGGAGCCCGAAGCAGCAGGGUGCAGUGCGUUGUUGCGCACACUGAAAGCCACGCUGAUCGACGCACUGAGCGCUGACCCCGACUUUGUGCUGCAGCAUGCUGACUCGCGCUCCUUGCUGACAGUGGCGCAGUACCAGCACAUCAAAGUCAUAGCUGACCCCUCGCAGAAGGUCUGUGACCUCCUGGACUGUGUGAUCCAGAGGGGCAGCGGCUGCUCCAAGAAGCUGCUGAAGCUACUGAAGGAAGAAAAAAUUCAGGAGACAUACCCUAAACUGGGUUUCCUAAAGAAGCCGUCACAGCUGCGUCAGAUGGCAGGAGGACAUGGAAGGUUCAAAAGAAAGAGAGAGCGGAAUCUUGAACCAGAGAGUCCCAUCAAGCAGAAUUGUGUGAAUAGGGCUGAGCUGGUGACUGAGAGACAGCUGAUGAUUCUAGCUGACAGGGUGGGCCAUUCCUGGAAGCAGAUGGGCUUGGUGGCACUGCGCAUCACAGCUGUGCAGCUGGAGCAGCUGGAGGAGGAUUACCCCAGGCAUGUGGAGCGAGUGUUUGGCAUGCUGCAAGCCUGGCGCAUGCGUGAGGGCCGCCAAGCCACCGCAGUCCGCCUGUAUGACCUGCUCUCCCGAGGUAACUUUGUCCCUCCGGAGAGCCUGGACAUCCUCCUGGAGUCCAGCGGAAUCACUGGGGCACCGAGCCAUGUGGUGCGCUGAGGCUCGUAAGUCCCCUGUUUCACACUGCAUCUGAAGAGAUAUACAUGAGAUAUAUUUUUAUGGAAGUGAAAGGUUACUCUGCACAAGCCGUAGGCAGUGGAAAAAUACAAGUUACGGGUCAGGUGAGGUCCUCUUACACAAGAUGCCGAUGCAGAUCAAACAGCCUGUUUAGUUAGAAAUCAAUAAUUUUGAGUAACUUCUGAAACCACCUUGGAGAAAGACAACACCGAAUAAAGUAUAAAAAAGUAAAAUUAUCAAAAGCGCUACGUUCAGCCGUUGCUGUUUCGUUUCUUGAAGCGCACACGCCCCGGUGUGCCAGGGCUAUUUUCAUAUGUAACGUUUAAACUGUUCCCUUUAGGAACUUGGUUAAAAAAUAGACGUUUGAAAAUAGAUGGCAUGCAAUGGCUCUUAUCUCCUGGUGCUUAACCUUUCUCCUCUCGGCAAGUAUCACGUUGUUUCACCCUGGUGUGAUUUCACCCUUAUUCACCCUUGUACCUUCAGCUGAGUCAUCAGAAACUCAGGGGGUGGGCUUUGUACAAUCAUUUGAAGUGUCACAGUGUCAUCACUGUGAAAUGUUUUCUUGGCUGCCUACAGUUGAGAGCUGAUAGGUAACACACACAUCACCUGAAGGAGCCUCACGCCUCGCUUUCCUUCGGUGUUUGAGGCUGAAUGUGCAAGAUGCGUUUCAGCCGGAGAUACUGCAUCGCAGUGGUGGAGGCACCCUGCUGGUUUUAACCCCCAGAACAGCUACGUUCAUCGUAGUGUCACACUGGCAGGGACUUAGGCCACGCCCCCAUGUCCGAGACUGAUGGCCACUCAGCCGGAGAUCUAGUUAUGAGUUAUAAGUUUGCAUGAGCUCUGGCCUCUUAAAGUCAAGUAAAAUGUUAAUUUCAGUUAAAGACCAAAAAUGGAAAUGGACCUUAUUAAAAUGUUGAUUCUGGAUUUUAGUAGUUGGAGCACAUUGUUUUGGGAGAAUAAUUAUUGUUCAGUUUGUGCUGAAAUGUUCUUAUUUGUUCUUGUGUUUUACCUUUUUGUUUUUGUCCCGAUUUUUUUUUUUUAAAUCUUUUUUUGUUAUUCAAUGUUCCAGGUUAUUAUUGCUGAAAAGUUGUUUUUUUUUUUU